AUGUCAAAUAAAGAUUUAUUUAAAAAAUUUGAAUUUGGGCAAAAAUUCGAAUAUGCUUCUUUCGAGAACAAGGUAGAAAUCAGUGAAGGAAAAUUUGGAGCUAUAUGUAAAGCUUAUUUGAAAGAUAUAAAACAAACUGUUGCUUUGAAGACUUUAUAUAAUUAUGACGAAAAGUCAUUAGACAAUUGGAUCAAACAAGUUAAAUACACUAUCGAAGUUAAUCACAAUAAUAUAAUACAAUUCUUUGGAAUUACUCAAGGCAUGUUAAUUUUUAUAAAAUGGAUAAACAUAUUAUAUAAAGAUUCGUCUGAAAAAGAUACUGUUGGAGAAAAAUUCGAAUAUACAUCUUUUGAGAAACUGAAAGAAAUCGGUAGAGGGUUUGGAGUUGUAUAUAAAUCUUAUUUAAAAGAUAAAGAACAAACUGUGGCUUUGAAGACUUUAGGUCAUGAUGACAGAAAGUUAUUUUACAAUUUUGUUAAAGAA